CACCAAACGACGCCUCCUCCUCCCUCCACCACCGCGGCGGUUACUCACAAAUCAACACCAAUAUUUUUUUUUUCUCUCUCUCUACAAAAACGGAACCGCCGUUUAAAUCCAAUAAUAACCGACUUUCAGAUUAAGCAAAAUAGGUUUCCUACUCAUCUUCUGCUACUACUUCUUCCUCCUCUCCCUCACUCUCGCAGCCUGCGUCGUCGGUUCGUCGCUCGCUAAUUCAACCACCCCCGCCGCCUCCGCCGCCUCCGCCGCUUCCGCAAUGGCGGCCAUGGAGAGCUUGAUCGGCCUCGUCAAUCGGAUUCAGAGAGCAUGCACGGUCCUCGGCGACCACGGCGGUGGCGACGCCGGUUCUUCUUUGCCUACUCUCUGGGAGGAGCUUCCCUCCGUCGCCGUCGUAGGAGGUCAGAGUUCCGGCAAGUCAUCGGUGUUGGAGAGCAUUGUCGGCCGCGAUUUUCUUCCGAGAGGAUCAGGGAUUGUGACAAGGAGGCCUUUGGUGUUGCAGCUGCACAAGUUAGAACAGGGGAUGCAGGACUAUGCUGAGUUCCUCCACUUGGACAAGAAAAGAUUCACUGAUUUUGCUGCAGUUCGGAAGGAAAUUCAGGUUGAAACAGACAGGAUGACUGGGAAAUCAAACCGGAUUUCUAAUGUUCCUAUUCAUCUCAGCAUAUACUCCCCAAAUGUUGUCAAUUUAACAUUGAUAGAUUUGCCUGGCUUAACUAAGGUUGCUGUAGAGGGACAGCCAGAGAGUAUUGUUCAAGACAUAGAAAACAUGGUUCGUUCUUAUAUAGCAAAGCCUAACUGCAUAAUUCUAGCAAUAACUCCUGCAAAUCAAGAUGUAGCAACAUCUGAUGCUAUCAAGAUAGCAAGAGAAGUUGAUCCUACAGGUGACAGGACAUUUGGUGUGUUGACAAAGCUUGAUUUAAUGGAUAGGGGAACUAAUGCUUUGGAUGUUCUUGAAGGAAGAUCUUAUAGGCUUAAACACCCUUGGGUUGGAAUUGUGAACCGUUCACAAGCUGACAUUAAUACAAAUAUGGAUAUGGUUGCUGCAAGAAGGAGAGAGGGUGACUACUUUUCUGCUAGUAUGGAUUAUGGACAUUUGGUCAACAAAAUGGGUUCAGAAUAUCUUGCAAAACUUCUCUCAAAGCAUUUAGAGUCUGUAAUUAAAGCUCGAAUUCCAGCAAUUGCCUCUAUGAUCAAUAAAAGUAUUGACGAACUUGAAUCUGAAUUGGAUCAUUUUGGUAAACCUGUUGCUAUCGAUGCAGGGGCCCAGUUAUAUACUAUCUUAGAGCUGUGCCGGGCAUUUGACCAGAUAUUCAAGGAACACUUGGAUGGAGGACGACCUGGUGGUGAUCGGAUAUAUGCAGUAUUUGAUUACAAGCUUCCUGUUGAUUUGAGAAGGCUCCCUUUUGACCGUCAUCUUUCACUCCAAAAUGUAAGGAAAGUGGUCUCGCAGGCAGAUGGUUACCAGCCUCAUCUAAUUGCACCUGAGCAAGGUUAUCGGCGCCUCAUUGAGAGUUCACUCAACUUUUUUAGAGGCCCAGCCCAAUCUUCAGCAGAUGAAGUUCACUUUCUUUUGAAGGAAAUUGUGAGAAGGUCAAUCGCAGAAACUCAGGAGUUGAGGCGCUUCCCGACUCUGCAAGCAGAACUGGCAACAGCUGCUUCUGAUGCCCUGGAGAGGUUUCGUGAAGACAGCAAGAAAACGAUUUUGCGAUUGGUGGACAUGGAAUCCUCAUAUCUGACAGUGGAUUUCUUCCGGAGACUCCCUCAAGAAGUGGAGAGGGGAGAAGCAAUUUCAUCAGUCGCCUCUGAAGAUCGAUAUUCUGAAGGGCACUUCCGCAGGAUUGGAUCAAAUGUUUCCUCCUAUGUUGGGAUGGUGUCAGAGACACUGAGAAAUUCUAUACCAAAGGCUGUUGUUCAUUGUCAAGUGAGGGAGGCUAAGCGGUCUUUGCUCGAUCACUUCUACACUCAACUGGGCAGAAAGGAGGGAAGGCAACUUGCACAAAUGCUUGAUGAAAAUCCUGAACUGAUGGAGAGGAGACAACAAUGUGCCAAGAGGCUUCAACUAUGCAAGGCUGCUAGGGAUGAAAUUGACUCAGUCUCAUGGUCCAGAUGAAGUUCGUACUCAAUGCAUACAUCAUUUCUUCUAGAUAAGUAAAGCAUGAAUCGAAAUAGAAACACUCUUUAGUUGGAUUAGAAUUGUUUCCGGUAGUUUAGAUAGAAACCAAACAGAAGCAAUAUUGACGUUUUCUGAAGGUUGAGGGAUAUGUUUGUGGGAUAAUGUCGGGGAUAUCAUCCUUGUUUAUAUGGCAUUUUUUUUUUUGUUUAUAUGGCAUUUGUUGUCACCAUGAGGUUUUUCUUCUUUUGCCUUUUUAGAAGGUUCAUGUCGUUCAUUAGUAGAUCAUUGGCUUGGUGAUACCAUAAUGAUUUCAUGUUGAUAUUUGAAGUGCCCAAUUGGCUCGUUUGUAU